AUGAGGAAGCAUUGGCAAUCUCUCUCCUGUUGUAUCCUCUUGAUCCUCGUCUCGAGCAGCGCUUCCACUCUAGAUCACAUGUGCAAGUACGUCGCCACAACCCGCAAGGACAUCGGCUACAAUUACUGCAUCAAGUUUUUCCAAGCUGACAAAGCCAGCGCCACCGCCAAUAACCGCGGCCUUGGCGUCGCCACAAAGAUCAGCCGCGCAGCAGCCUCGGACACCCUCAAGCGAAUCGACACCCACAUGGCGUCAGAUAAGGACAAGAAGAUCCAUGCGCGCCUUUCUGACAAAGGAUACAUCUUCCUUUUCAAGGUGGCGGUGAACCUCAACGCCGUGGCACUGGACACCUACACGUGUGAGAAUGGCUUCCGCGUGCUAGGCGUGAAUUCACCACUGGCCGCGGAGGACGCCAAGUUCCUUAAGGACUGCUCCAUCUCUCUCAUUAUAACUGUGUUAUGGGAUUUGCACGAUAUAUGCACAACACAUAUACUCAACAGCCCCCCGCAGUCGAGGCAGCACCGCUGCUGA